CGUUAUUAUCGAUGUUUCUAAAACAUCGAUGCAUCGCUUGAAUCCCUACGAACAAACAUAAACAUACAGCGGUUAUUCUUAAUUGCAUGCGGAAGCCAUGAAUAUGAACAAAAAAGUUAAGUUUUAUACUGAGUGUUAGCGCUAAGGACAGUUUAAAAAUGGAUAAAUCUAAAACAAUGUAUGGAGGGCGACCUCAAGCAACAUAUAGAGCAGUUGAAAAAGAUUCAUUUAUCAUGGUACUGUUUUAUCAAUGUAUACUCAUUCUUUUAUGUUUGGCUGGCUACUACCAUGCACUGAAUGGCAGUUUUGUAUUUGACGACACGGUAGCAAUUGUAAAGAACGCUGAUGUUUCGACUCGUCACACUAACUGGACGGCGUUAUUGAGAAAUGAUUUUUGGGGCACACCGCUCGUUAGUGUCGACUCGCACAAAUCCUAUCGUCCGCUAACAACUUUGCUCUUUCAUUUAGAAUAUGGGCGGCUUGGACUACGCGCAAAACACAUGAAGAUCAUUAAUUUGGCUUUGCAUUGUGUCAAUACAAUGCUCGUGUGGUGGCUUUUGCGGGAGUUCCGUUUUGAAUUUACAAAUCAUACACAGGUAGCGACCAUGGCAGCGGCUCUUUUUGCCAUACAUCCAGUCCAUACUGAAGCAGUUUGUGGCGUAGUUGGCAGAGCAGAACUUCUAUUCUGUUUGCUCUAUUUAAUAGCACUUCUGUUAACAUUGCAAAGAUCAGACUUAGGCUCAUUAACUGAUGUACUCAUCGUUAUUCUAACAGCCGUGGGUAUAUUUUUCAAGGAGACUGCAAUAACCAUUCCACUCGCCUGUUUUUUGCUCGAUUAUACACGUGAACAAAUUUUUCUACAUCCUUGGCGAACGCAAUUAAGACAUGUGUGCUCGCCCCGUAAUUUUAUUUUGGCAAUCUGUAACAUUGCUUUGAUGAUAUUUCGUUUAUGGUUGCAAGACUUCCAAAGUCCCCGGUUCAAACCUAUGGAUAAUCCAAUAGCAUUCAAUGAGGAUCCUCUGACACGCAUUCUCUCACAAAAUUACCUCUACGUAAUAAACUGGUGGAUACUCCUAUGUCCGCAGUGGCUUAGCUUCGACUGGGCUUUAGGAUGCAUUGAAUUAAUAGAAAAUAUUUGGGAUUUACGUUUACAGGCAGUCUUGGCCAUGUACUCUUUAAUUAUUGUUGCUUGUAUUAAUAGUAAACCAAAUUUUGCGCCGGUAUUUGGUCUGGCUUUGAUGGUGAUACCUUUUCUGCCUGCUUCCGGGAUUAUACAAGUGGGUUUUGUGAUAGCAGAACGUGUUCUUUAUGUGCCAUCCAUCGGAUUUUGCUUUUUGGUGGCGCAAGCAUUAUCCUACAUUUAUAUAACCAACUCAAAGCCAUGGUUCUUGUCUAUAUUUAAAUGGAUGUUGAUGCUGCUGUACGCCUGUUUGUUGCUGCGAACGCGCGAACGGUCCACACAGUGGUUGUCGGAGGAUCGUCUAUUUACAUCUGCAUUAAAGGUCUGUCCAAAUAAUGCAAAGGUUCAUUAUAAUAUUGCUCGCCUUGCCACAGAUAGAUUUGAUCGAGACAAAGCGCUAAUACAUUACCACAAAGCAAUCAAACUUUACCCGCAAUAUGAAUCAGCUCUAAUGAAUUUGGGUAAUUUAUAUCGCGAAAUGGGCGAGUUAACUGUUGCCGAAAAGUAUAUUGCAGCAGCCUUGGAAGUGUUGCCUGAUUUUGCUGCGGCGUGGAUGAAUUUGGGUAUUGUACAAUCGGCACGCAAAGACUAUAACAAUGCACUAAAAAGUUAUAAAAAUGCUUUAAAAUACCGCAAAAACUACGCGAUUUGCCACUAUAAUUUAGGCAACCUUUAUCUUGAUAUGAAAAAGCAUUCCGAGGCCAUGCACCAUUGGGAAGAGGCAGUAGCACUAAAUCCACGUCAACCCAAAGCGUGGGCCAAUAUACUUACACUGCUAGACAAUUGGGUAUUGUACGAGGAUGCCAUACGACUUUCAUCCCAGGCAUUAAACCAUUUGCCAAAUGAAACAAAUAUUAUGUUUAUACGCGCAAAUGUUUUUGGAAAAUUGCAGCGCUAUGUGGAAGCAGAAGAACUUUAUAAACGUGUUAUUGAAGCAGAACCAUUAAAUGUGCUAUUUCAUACAAAUUUAGGUGUUUUGUAUCAUCGAUGGGACAAAUUGAACGCAGCUAUCGAAUGUUAUCAAAAUGCAUUGAAACUAAGCCCGGAAAAUGCUAUAACAGCUAGAGAGAAUCUCAGCAAGCUAUUGAGGAGGAAGCGAAAAGAAAAGGCGGGGGGGUAGGAACUACAUACGUAUGCAUAUAAAUAAUAUAAAUUUUGGUUGGUUCGAUUCAGCGCCUCGAGCCGUUUUGCGCCUUUACAAAAAUUGAUUUUGUUCAUGCGUUAUAUGGAAAAAAUGCACAACUGUCUUGACAAAAAACAAAAAUCUCAAAUGGUCAACAAUAAUCUUUAGCUACUUGAAACUUGCGUUUUAUUAGACUAACAUUGAUUGAUAGUUAAAAAAAAAACAAGUAAUUUUUAAGCAAAUAAAAACUGACUUCAAUUCUCAUAUAAAAAUUUAAACCA